UUGUGACUGAAUACGUAAGAGUAGUUUAUAUUUUGAGGCUCCCUGUGUUGUAAUUUUUAGUUUGAAUGUGUGUGUAUUUAUUCUUAUAGCAAAAUAUGAAUCUAUCUAUCAUGUUCAAUGAAUUAUUGUUUAUAAAAAGUGCUUGAUCUUGCCAGAAACUUUAAUUUAGUGAGUACUGGAGUUGACGAGUUAGUCAACAAAAGUCAAAACUCGGGAACCCGGGCCUUGCUCCAAGUCCAACUCCAAGUCAUGGCUGAAAAAAUCCGUGGUGAUGCAGUUAGUAAUGAAGAAUCAAGAACGCUUACUGAUAGAUCAACUUCAGCAACCAUUUAUAUUGAUGCAAAUCAUAAAGACAGAGGUCAGUUAUCGGCAGCAGCGGGGGAGUAUCAAAUUCAUAAAAAGAAGCCAACAUCUUUCCAAAUUACAAGUGUAACUGUACAAGGAUCACCUCGAUUGAGUAAUGAUGCUGGAGAAGACAGUGCAGAUGAUCUUGACGAAAGUCAUACUGAAGAUAUACAUUCAGAUGGGCAAGACAGCUCUAGAUUUACUGAACUAGAAAAUGAUCAGCUUUCUGAAGAUAGCAUGAUAAACAGUAAUAGUAAUAGCAACAUAAGUGAUAGAUCUAAAGUGUCUCAGGCUGGGCCAGGCACAGAAACAAUUUCCAGUCCAUCCAUUCCAGCAAAAUUUGAGAAUGUUGUUGAGACCACUAGUAAUGUUAAUAUAAUUGCUACAACCAGUGAUUCCAAAGUAGGUGUAGAUAUUCCUUUAAAUGUUUGUAAUUCAAGUGAUUUUGUGGGAAAUGUGAUAGAUCCAGAUGGUCAAAAUGUCACAUUGUCAUUUGUGACGAGUUGCACGACCAGUAAAUCUACUUGUACAGUAAGUGGCCAGAUGCCCAUGACAUCUCUACCAGACCAAUGGCAGAAUCGUUUUAAAGUUGUUAAACUUGUCAGUAGUGAACCAUUUAAACGGGGACGUUGGGUUUGUAUGGAUUUUACAAACCCACCUGCUGUGCAGGCAGAUGUUUCUAAACAAGAACUUUCUACUGAUCAAGGUAGUGCUUCUGGUGCUUCAAGUGCUGGAAGCUCAGCCACAUCAGUGGUUAGUGAAAGUCAACCAUUAGAUACUGUAACACAAGUUCAUGAAAUUCCUGUAAGUCAACCUUAUUCUGCUACUGGUAGCAUAUUGGCUGCAACAGAUACUCCACACAGUUCUCAAUCUGUAUACGAGAUUUAUCUUCCAAUGAAUAAUCAAAUUUCUAGUGCUCAGCAGGUACCCCAGAUGUCCAUGGUUCAGAACUUUGGAAUUAAAGCUGGCCAAUCAGUUGUAGUUGACCCACAACAAACAUUCUUGCCACAGCAAAGUCAAACUAUGAUAAAUGCAUCACAGAGCCAAACAAGCCAGCUUCAAUCUCAACACCAGAUACAACCUGGUCAGACAGUUUCUGCAAUACCCCAACCUCCAACUCAACCAAUAGUUCAGGUCUCAGAAACAUUGCCUCAGCCUGUUGUUUCUCAACAGCAUCCAACUCCACCUUCUCAGCCUACUUCGGGGCUGCAUACACAAUCCAUGGGAAACAUUCCAGAUGCCUCACAAUCCCAGCUAUCACAGACUGUAUGUAGUCAAGACCAGAACUACCAGGUUCCUAGUCAAAUUAAUAAAGCCUCUACGAGCAGUGAUGUUAGUGCUCCAAAUGUCAUUACUACAGGAACUGCAUCUGUGCCUCCUUUAUCGAAAGCUCUUCCUGAUACCUUAACUCUUGGAAGUGCGGGUGAUGGUGAGGAAGCUGAAAGUGCUUCUACAGGAUCCAGUACUGUAGCCAUAGACAACAAGAUUGAACAAGCCAUGGACCUUGUGAAGAGUCACCUGAUGUUUGCUGUGAGAGAAGAAGUAGAUGUGUUGAAAGAAAAGAUUGGAGAACUUCUGGAAAAGAUCUCCCAGCUUGAAUAUGAAAAUGGCAUUUUAAAAGCUAAUGCUUCACAGGAAACUCUGAACAAACUGUCCCAAUCUGUAACUCAUGUGUCUGCACAGUCUCAGCAUCCACCGACAUCUACUGUGGGAGCUCCACCCCACCCACAGGCUUCACUGACAGGUCAUCCCCAGCAUCAGAAUUCUUCUACAUAACCCCCCUGCUAAAGCAUGGACAGAGAUAGUUCCUGAUUGUAAAUAUUAAUAAAAGAUAGUAUAUGUGUGUGUGUGUGUGUGUGUGUGAGAGCUGCAUGGUUAAUAGGAAUAAUUAAAUGAAGGAGAUGGAAAUUAUAGAACAAAUGAAAAGACAAACAACGUAGUUGCUGUAGAAAAUCAGUCAGUGGAAUGAUUUAUUGUUGGUUAGGCUAUUUACAAUAUCUAAAGGAAAAUUAUGUAUAUUACUGCCAUAUCCCAGAAUGUCUAAUUAUAGUGGAAGUCAAGACAGUAAGAAAAAUAGGGGCAGGUUUUUCUGUGAAGCAUUUCUAAAUGAGUCAUGGUUCUCUCUGUAUAACUUAUAACUUUAUACCAGUUAACUAGGUUUUCUUCCAAUUAUUGGUCCUUUUGAACAUUAUUCAGCAUAGAUAAAAAACUAACUGAUCUUCCAGUUUAUCUUAUAACUUUUACUACACUACUAAGCAUACUUGAAUUUUUGCCAGUUUCAAGAAAGUUUACCUAAAAUAAGCUGUCUCACUAGAUGGUGUUUAACUCAUGUUUAUAGAAACAACUGCUUAGAACAUUAAAUAAGAUAAACCAGUAAAUUAUAAAUGAGGUUUCAGUAUUUUUGUCAACAAAAAGUAUUUGUUUCUUAAAUGAAAACGUUCACAAAAAGAAAAGGUUCCAGAUUCUUACCUCUCACCAGAUGAGCUGAUUUUUAAAAAAAAAUAUAUAUAAAAAUUGUGUAAAUAUAGGCUUCACUUUACAAUAGACCAAUUUGAAGAAAACUUUUCAAUUCUGUCCACAUUCUAUAUAGAUGCUUAGAUGAAAAAUAACUUUCCAUGACUUGCAAAACUCUCAUUAUUAAAGUAACGUAACACCUUUCAUAUUUAUUAAUCUUGCUGAUAUACAGUCCUUGAUGCUAAUUAUUAGAUUCCAUUAAAGUCAUAAUCACCAGACCUUGUGUUUUAAUUUAAACAUUUCAUCUUCAGAAUGAAGUUUUUGUUCUCAUUAGAUGUUCUGGAAUAUUAUGAAAGUUUUGUACAUCUUUGAUUGUUCAUAUAAUUUUGAAAGUUUGUUAUGGAUACCUUUCUGUACUGUAAAUACGAUUGUCCUGAUGUACAAUUUCUUCACUAGCUUUGUCCAUACGCCUUUCAUAGUUACUUCUUUUCCCGUUUGAACAAAUUGGGAUCUUUCUGUCAAUGUCAGUUUUUAAUUAUCUCUGUAACUGACAAGUUAGAAUAAUCAUAGUAAUUUGCUCACUUUCUUGUGAACUUUGUAAGCACUCUUUUGACUUACAUGCUAGAUACAAGAGUGUUAGACCACAUUAAAUUAGUUUUAUGUGAUUCAUCAAUAAAAUGUACCUGUUUAACUUGCCAGUUAAGUAUUGAAUCAAAUGUUUGUAUGUUCUACUGUCAAUGUUAAAUGUACACCAGACUAUGCUACUUUGCAAUUUACCCAGAAAAAUUAUACAGAACAAAAUACUACGGUGUAAUUAUAGAAGUUGGUUGUGACUCGUCAGCUUAUCUCAUGCUCUUGUUACAUCUCUGAUUAGUUCCAUCAUGUAAAUCCCUUUAUUUUUUAAGAUUUUGGUAAGCUUUGGGUAUUUGUUAUUUGGAUAGUAGGUGUGUUAUGGAAUGGGAAAUGAAUUGUAACCUCAGAAACAGUUGCCUAAUUUUAAUUAUUCAUCUUUGAAUUAAUAUUCUUGAACAUGAUGCAACUGCACUAGUUACUGAGUUACAUGAGAAAGGAAAUGGUACUGGCACCCUGUUCUCCAUUGAUGUUUCUGUGGCUGCAUAUUGAUACAAGUGGAAGUGAAACAUCUUAGUUCUUUAAAAUACCAUAUUUCAAAAGCUGCUAUGUAGCAUGAAUUGUAGACUUCAUUUAUCUUGACUUCUUUGUUAAGAUGCAACACUCCAUAAAUUUAAUUAUGAAAAGUAAAAUUUGUUGUAAACUGGUGCAGAGACGUGUCUUUGGAAUAAAAAUAAUGUAAAACCCUUGUAGUUUGUUCCUAAACUAAAAUGAAGAAUUAUUACAGUAUAAGUGAAUGUAAUGACAUUAUCGAGGGUGGAUUUUUAAGUUGUAUCUAACCUUUAUGAAGUUUUUUUUUUUUUUUGUUGUUGUUUUCUCAAAAGAUUGGGAGAUUAGGUCUAGUUUUGUGGUUCUUAUUAACAGUUUUUCAUUACUUUUUAUUUUCUGACCAUGUUUAUAUUUUGUAUGCUACUUUAUCUGUAUUGAAUAUUUAAUUCAUGUAUAUUUAAAUUAAAUAAAAGUAAUCUUUCUGCUCAAGUAUAGUGUGAAUAAUGUUUGUAAAAGCCAUACCAGGAUUAUAAUCCACUUCUUCCCAAGAUAAGAAAAGUGAUUCUUGGGUGGCUAUAUAUGUGAUUAUGACAUGUUUGUGAUAACAGAAUAUCAAAGAAAGUAAAAAUAUCAUUGUGUCAACUAGAUUUAGUUUUAUAGAAUGUUUGCACCUGACAUUUCUUUAUUAUAGAAGUAAGUUUACAUUUGUAAACAAGAAAUUGUUCACCAGAAAAUCCAGAUCCUGAAAUUUUUGUCAAACUUGAUGUUAAGAAGCUCUUGUUAGAUUGAUUCUUGUGUCUAGUGUUCAUUAUGUUUUAUUAAAACUGAAAGUCAUCUAGAAGGUUUUUAGAAGUCUUUGUAAAAUAUUAAUAGAGAAAAGUUUGAUCAACCAUGGUACCAAAUCAGAAAACUAAAGAAACACUUAAUGAUUAGUUCAGAGAUUGGUUAUAAUUAGUGCCUGUUCUACCUUUAUGAUUGAGUAUCUAAACAGACAUUAGUAUUAGCUAUAUAUUUUAAGAACGUAGAAUGCUUAGUGUCAUCAUUUAUUAACAGAAUUUU